CACUAACAGGGAUGUUAACAAAUUUGCUUGCAGAAUUUCAGAAAAAUAAGCUUUUUGUUGUUGUUCAUAUGGAACAUUUCUGGGAUAUUUUAUUUCAGCUCAUGAAACAUGGGACCAACACUACAUGUUGCAUUUAUAUUUUAGAAUGAGAGUCUAUUGCUUCUUUUGUGACAGUCUCUAACAAGACUGCACCUUUUCGAGAUUGGACAGCACUGCCUGAAAUGACCUAUGCAUAUUUUUACCAUUAGCUUAUAACAUUACAUUGUAAAACUUUUUGCUUGACACAUUUUUGAUUUGAUGAUGAUGAGUGAUUUUCACUGACAAAUCGAUGAGUCGGCAACACGGAAGUGACGUUUGAUGCCAUGCCAUUGGUUGUUUCUUUGGUGACACAUUUAAAAUCCAUUUGUCUACUCUCUUCAGCUACGGAUAUUGUUGAAUCCCUACCGAUGGAUGGUUACAGUUUAUCUAUGCCUGGCCCUCACUCACCGGACUACCAUGCCUCCCCAAUGUCAGAACUCGCCAACUGCUUUACGGGACUCCGCGCCUUUCACACAGGUGACACUCCUCGGAGAUGUCUGGACCUGUCCAACCUCAGCAGUGGGAGUGUAGACGAUGCUGCUGCACAGGGAUCACCACACAAAGACAAGCCUACUUCUCCAGUGGCCUUGGACUCCCCUGCACCAAGUCGCAUGAAGACGUUGCGGUCCUUCCUGCCCAGAUUGCUGUGUAGCAGUCCAAAGCUUCACCCCAGUGAACGUCCAUUCAGUAACAAGGAGAAUGUGGCCCCAGGGCAGAGAGCGCAAGGCAAGCCAGAGUGUUUGCUGCCUGCUCCAGACUCCCAGCUCCAAGGUGACGGUGAGCCCUGUGCCCUGGGGAGCCCCAUCUUCCCUGCACCUCCCUCCCGAACCCAGCACUCCCCAGGGGAUGCAGAUGGAUUCAUGGAAAUCCUGGAGCAGGAAACUGAUGAGGGUUCUAUUGCUGUUGCCAUGUCAUGUAGCAUGGCACAGUUGCUGUCUGAUCCCCUCAUGAACCAGGAAGUGGAUCUCUCCUCUGUUUCAGUGUGUCGCCAGGGGGGACGCCGUCUCUUCCGAUCCCCUUCCAUGCCAGAGCGGUUGGCACGUCCACUGAAACGCACCUCCACCUCCCCCUCCCCAGCCAACCCCCGGCCAAUCAAACGACACUGCACCUUCUCCGCCGUCUCAGAGGAGGUGGGCCAGGGAGAGGGAGACCAAGGGGCUGGAAUCAACAAUGAUAGGAAGCACCACCUGCAUAAGAGGACCCACUCUUUGUGUGAUGUGGAGCAGCAGCUGGGUGGGGAUGGGAUCAAUGCAGAACUCAUUGGAGACUUCAGCAAGGUGCAUGCCCUACCCACUGUGACAGGGAGACAUCAAGGCUUGAAGUACAUCACGGUUGACACAAUGAGUGCUCUUCUGGAAGGGAAGUUCAGCUGUUUGGUUGAGUAUUUUGUUGUGGUUGACUGCCGCUACCCAUAUGAGUAUCAGGGAGGACACAUUAAGGGGGCGCUGAGCCUUCCCAACACAGACAAGGCAGUGGAUCAAUUGCUAUCCCAGAGGCUAAAAGCCCACUCUCCUGAUAAGAGGCUUGUGCUAGUGCUGCACUGUGAAUUCUCCUCUGAAAGAGCACCCAGAACGUGUCACCUCCUGCGCAGUGUGGACCGCAGUAUGAACGAGUACCCAGCCCUGCUCUACCCUGAGCUCUAUGUCCUCAAGGGUGGCUACAGAGACUUUUACCACUCUCACCAGGAGCACUGUGAGCCCCAGGCCUACUGCCCAAUGCACCACGAGGACCACAGAGAGGAGCUUCUGCGGUGCCGCACACACAGCAGAGCCUUGGCAGAGGAGCGCCGCAGACGCCACCACAUUCAAACUCUCGUCAAACUCUGAGGCAGUCAUGUUGUUGGGGGGGCAGGCAGGAGAAGAACAGCCACUCCGAGGGACAGCUGAGUCAAAACGGUGACCUAGAGAUUGUCAAUUUAAUUAUCUUUGUCAAAAGAACAUAUGUGAUAAAUUGGCUUUUUGUUGUUGUUUUUGUUAACUUUCCAAAUAUAACCUUUUUUCAUAUGCUGCCAUGGAAACUGUGCAUAUGAUCACUGCUGCCUAGUUUUGUCUAUUUUCUUUGGAUGGCCAUGAAUAAUAACAACACUGUCCAUGCAUAUUCAUUACUGCCUGCCAGUUGAACAGGAUAUGUAAUCCACUAAUCUCACUGUAGUAUAUUUUAAUUACAGUAGAGUCCACCGGUUAAGGGCUUUCAUUUUUCAGCUUUUGAUAUGGUUUUCAUUUCAUUUCCACCUUGUAGCGCAGAAAGGGUGGCAUUAUUUCCAGUGUCAAUCAUGGAUAUAUAUUUGUAUUAUUAUUGGAUCAUGAAUAAUGAUUUUAUUUGAACUGUUCUGAAUAAUACCUUUUUUUUUUACCAGGGUGAAUGACCUUGGAGGUUAGGUUUAAUAUUUGUUAAAUAACUAUGUUUUUAAUGUUUUGAUUGUCAGGUAGUUGAAAAUGUAAUUGCUACAUUAACAAUGAUUUAUAAUUAAAAAACACAACAAAAUGUAA